UUCUUGGCCGUGGGUAUGGUCGUUGGUCUUGUUUUCGUGUGGAAAAAGUUGUACACCCCUGCAGGGUUUUUGAUCUAUUGCAAUAGCCGCGCUCUCGGACAUUGAGCACGCUCUUAUACUUUGACUUUAACGUAGAGUUACCGAGGAAGUUCAUGGAAGAUUGAGCUUAUGAUUUAUGAACACUUUACUUAUGUAAUUGUUUGAUGCAUGCUUUAGAGAUCAUAGAUGCUCUGUCUUUUGCUUAUUACAACUUGAUCAAAGUUAGAUGCUUUUAUGCAAAAGUUAAAUACAAUACCCUAUCCUUGCUACUAACCAAAUGCAUUCUCCUUGAGGUCGAGAUAGUAUAUACCCAUAUUAGAUAAGCCCUGCGAGUACCUUUUGUACUCAUGGUGCUAUCGUUAAAGUUGUUGCAGGUGAUCCGCAGUCGGAGGCCGUUUUUGGAUACUUCUACCCCGCGGACGGAGGUGCGGGGGAGAAGUAGAUGGCCGGUGGCUAUGAGAAGGGCACUAUCAGCAUAUAGUGUUAACCUUCUAUUUUGUACUAUAUAUGGAAUGAGCACGACGUAGAACUUUCCGGUGCAAAAACUCUGAAACUUGAUGUCCUUGUACUUGAACUUUUUUUAUAUAUAAUCUAAACUUUAUGUACGGUUGCGCUUGUGUGACGAUGUCUACAUGUUGUGCAAGUGGAGUGUGUUUAAAUCCUAAGCGGUGCUCAUGACACAUUACAAGGACUACCGGGGUUGGCCCUUUUUAAUCUAGUUGAUCAAUGGACAAUAACUUGAUUAAACGGGAUCAACUUGGGCUGGUUCCUCACAGCGCAGCUGCGUCAGUAUGUACGUUGGAGGCUGGCAGCUGCAGGGUUUUGCAAAAUGAAGUGAUCGAUGGCCCUGUAAUGUUACUACCGAAGAUCCCGCAAGCUGAGCUGAGCGGCGCCGCCGGUUACCCCCAGUCCAAUCCAACAUGCGUACUGAGGUCAUUAGGGCGGACACGAUCGACGAGGCUGCUGAUAAAAUUCUCAAGGUGCUGAAGGAAGAUGGUAGCGCUAGUAGAAGCGUCAGUAGCAGCAACAGAGACCAUGUCAUCUACUUUGAUGGCUGGGAUGGGCUGGGGGCUUCCGCCGUCCUCCGCGCCAUAGCCCGGCGCGUCUCACCAUCAGCUGGCCGGCAGGGAGCCCCAGCAGCCGGGCUGGAGUUCGAGCAGGUCGUCCACAUCGACUGCUCGGUGUGGGAGAGCAGGAGAGCGCUUCAGCGGGCGGUCGCCGAGCAGCUGAAGCUCCCCGAUCAAGUGAUGGAGCUGCUGGAUGUUGCAUAUUCCAUCGCACGGUCAUUCUUCAGUUAGUCAGUUAGCGAGUCUGUUAGAGAAUAAUGGGCCCCUGCAUGGGCGCGUCAAGUCGUGGGCAUGUUGCCCGGUCUUUUCUCCUUGCAUGUAGAUGCACGACGCCGCCUGGAUCUCGCUCGUGGGAUGGCACGAGCCUGUAGGAGAUCGUGGUCACGAUCAAGCUU